CAAACAGCAACAACAUCAUCAUCAUCACCAGUUUAUUAAACAUGUCGCAGUCCAAGCCCGUCGUCCCCCAAAAUGACAACGUCGCCCACGCCCUCGCCGGCGCCGGUGGUGGCAUCCUGUCCAUGGCCUUGACCUACCCCCUAAUCACCCUCUCCACCCGCGCCCAAGUCGAAUCCAAGCGCUCCGCCGACACCACCUUCCUGGCCGCCGUCCAAAAGAUUGUCGCGCGCGAAGGCAUCUCGGGUCUCUACUCUGGUCUCUCUUCAGCCCUCUUCGGCAUCUCCGUCACCAACUUUGUCUACUACUACUGGUACGAAUGGACGCGCGCCUUUUUCGAGGCCGCCGCCGUCAAAGCCGGCCGGGCCUCCAAGAAGCUAACCACGGUGGAAUCCAUGAUCGCCGGCGCCAUCGCCGGUUCGGCAACCGUCAUCUUGACGAACCCCAUCUGGGUGGUCAACACGCGCAUGACCACGCGCAAAGCGGCUGCUGCUGAUGAUGACGAGAAGAACGCUGCCUUACCGGGGGCACCGCCAGCUAAGAAGCCUAGCACAAUCGGCACAUUACUUGCGCUACUGAAGAACGAAGGGCCCCAAGCGUUGUUUGCCGGAGUGGUGCCGGCGCUGGUGCUGGUGAUCAAUCCCAUUUUGCAGUACACCCUGUUUGAGCAGAUGAAGAACGCGGUGGAAAAGCGACGCAAGAUGACGGCCACGCUGGCCUUCUUUUUGGGUGCGGCGGGCAAGCUGUUUGCGACGAGCGUGACGUAUCCGUACAUUACGGUCAAGAGCCAGAUGCAUGUGGCGCCUGCUAGCGAUGGCACGGGCGCGCAGAAGAGGGAGGGCAUGAUGGAGGCGAUUAAUCGCGUGGUGAGAGAGGAGGGAUAUGCUGGGUUGUACAAGGGCAUCGGCCCCAAGGUCACCCAGUCCGUCCUCACGGCUGCCUUCCUCUUCGCCUUCAAGGACGUGCUCUACGAGCAGACGGUCAAGCUACGGGGCCGCGUCACUCGCAAGGCCCUUGCUUAGAGGGCUGUUGUGGCCACCAUGCCGAACCUCGCGAGAUACUACGCUUAGUGGGCGAGGGAUGCCAUCUGCUUUCCUUUUUUGCUCUAUCAGUUUGACGUCGAAUUGUUCCUCAAGACUUUUGGCCACAACGACCGGCUGGUCUUGGACGACUACGACGAUGACGAUGACGAUGAGGAGUGGCUGUAAGGUACGACAAGAUAACCUUAGCAACAAUCGUCAUAUAACAAAACAACAGCAGCAACAACAACAACAACAGCAACAACAGAUCAACAACAACAGAACGUCUAGGUAUCAGAUACCCAGACAUGAAUGGGGAGAAGAUGAAGUAGAAGACGGGGAAAAGCGGGAAAAGUCAGCGAUGAGGACUCGAGGAACGAUGAUUUGAUACACCCUGUACAAUGCAUGAGAGGCGGGCAAUGUUGUCCAAGCGGGAGAACAAGUUAGCUAGGGAGUUUGGAUUAUGAGGGAUGAAUGUAAACUACUUUCGUUGUAUUGUCUUUUCUUUGAAUGAACUUUAGCUUGUAAACUUUAGCAUUGAGUAUUCCA